GGCUCGCCCCGUAGCCAUCUUGUUCGUCCUCUCCUGCCGCUCAGAGAGGAGACGGCAACGAACAAGCAGGCUGGAAUGACGUGGGAUUCUUCGACGGUUCGCCAGAGCCAGUUCUUGCUCCAUGAUGACUUGUCCUCGCAUUCAGCAGGAUGCUGUUCUACCCAGCGCGGAGAGGCAAUGCGCCGAUGUUCGGUUCCCGGCAAAGAACGUGCCGUCCGCUGGCGACAGCUGAGGCAGGAGACGCGAUGCAUCUCACCUGGAUGCUGAGAAGCUUUAUAAUGGGGAUCACGCUGCUGGGUCUCUCUUACUGGCUGGUGCAGAUUGCUGGCAUCCAGUACUUGGCGUCCCUCACCAGUGGCACCUUGCUGUUCUUUCUGCUCGCUUAUGUGGUAUGGUGUCUGCUCCACAGAAACAGGCACUCUCAACAGACACCUGAUGGAACUAGUCGGAUGGAAGCAGGAAACAUUUCGCCCACAGCGGGGGCCGCUGAACCACUAACACCCACGCCCCCACCCCCGUUCGACCAGCACCGAGCCUACAAGUUCAUCACCACUGCGCUACCCAGGGACUCAUCGCCCCCACCUAGCUAUGACGAGGCAAUGAGGGCCAUGAUGGUCAUGGCCGCCAGCACUCCAGGAGACCGGCAACUGGACUCCCCACACCAGUCGGCAAACGUGGCACCAUCAAUACCGACAAGCUUAACACCACAGCCAUACCCAAGCACAACGAUAGCGUCAUCUUUAACAUCUUCGCCGCCAGCCUUAACGCCAGAACAAGAGUCCGCCCCCGUUAUACAGACAUUAUCAGCAAUAACACCGCCGUCAGUGUCAGUGCACCCAACUCAAACAAACUUAACACCACAGUUAUCUACGGCCUUAACAUAAAUAUCAGACAGCUUUAACAUCGCGUACACCGACGCAACAGAUGGAGGAAGUGUUGUGAAACAAAAUGAUUACAGCCUAACCUGAGAGGCGUAUUUAAGUGGCACGAGCAGGAAUGCAAAUGUUAACAGCUACCAACUUAACAAACAAGUGCCUGGCACUGCCGCCAUAUGCGAGUUAGGUUUUACUUGCGUCUGACGUGAAGUUGCAUACAUUUAUUAAAAACUCUGCCGAAGUAAACACCAAAUUUAUUUAAAUGUGUAUCUAAAACACAUUAAAUUUAUUUAAAAUGGUGUCAGAGGAAAGAAUGAAUGUGUUUAAAAUGGUGUCUAAGUAAACGCAAAAUUAAUUAAAAUUGUGUCAAAAUAAAAACUAAAUUAAUUUAAAAUGGAGUAAAAGUAAACACUAAAAUUGUUUGAAAUAGCAUCAAAAUAAACACUAAUUGUAUUUAAAUGACAUCAAAGUGAACUCUGAUUUCACUCAAAUAGUGUCAAAGAAAAUAUUAAGGGUUUAAAAUGUUGUAAAAAUAAAAAUUAAAUUUAUUGAAAAUUGUGUCAAAAUAAAGAAUAAAUAUAUUAAAAAUGGUGUCCAAGUAAAAAAAAAAAGAUUAAAAUGGUUUCAAAGUAAAUACUAAAUUUGCUUAAAAUUGCAUAAAGGUAAACCUUGUCUCUAUUUAAAAUGGUGUCAAAAUGAACUGUGAAUGUGUUUCAAAUUGUGUCAAAGCAAAAGCUAAACAAGAAAUAUCAAUACACGUACCAUGGGAGUAUAAUUACAACAGACGAGCAAAAGGCCUAUACUUGUGGCAUAAGGAACACUAGAGCAGAUAUUUAAUCUGACGAGGAGAAUUAAGGGACGCAGACCACAGGCAAGGAAUCUUCUAAUAUUGUGGGAAAAUAACACAGGUGCCCGAAUCCUGUCUGUACGAAAUAACUAUAAAAUGGAAACGGAACGAAAAGAUGGCCGUCAAGCGCAUACACGUAGCCCGUCACUCAGUUUCUUCUGGAGUUUCUGUUACUAUUUAGAAAUCGUCAUCAUGGACUGUGUGGCUCAUCUGAAGAGCCCGUUUUUGGAAAUGGAAACUUGAUGUUCACCUCGCCCUUGCCCAUAAAGGAUAAAUUUUUGAAUGCUGAA